AUGGAGAAAGUAAAACGCUUUUUGAAAGUUCAAACGGAUCCUUGUGAACACCGGACGAGGCAACAAGUUCAAGUACAUCCACAAGUCGGUCGAAGAAGGAGAAAAAGUCGCGCAAGAAGAGAUGGACGACUUUCUGGAGCCAGUGGACAUUCAACUCGAAAUGAAGGACAGUUCACGGGACAAGGAUCGAUUGUCAACAUUAAUCCACAAAUGCCGGCAAUGACGCAACCUGAAACUUUGCGACAAAAAGCUUUUGCAAAACUCAAGUUGUUCAAUUUCUCACUGAAUUGGGAUUUGCAUAUGAAUCAGUGCAGACCCAGAAGUCUCUUGUCCCGACGACUUUACCGUAGUCGCAAAUACGACGACAAUGAGCUGUAUCGGAGUAAUAGCUUCAGAUUUCAACGAUUCGAACGUAACGAUGAUACAUGCAAGCGAUUCAAUAAACAGGUGAGUUUGGCAUGUUCAUCAAUAGCCAGUGAUGGGCACAGUACGGCAAAAAGGAUGAAUUCAGUUAUUACAUCAAAUUAUUUAAUCUGAUUUUUCA